AGUCCGUUUAGAAACGUGUUCGGGAUCAGUUGAAAUUGGGGAGCGCAAAGUAUCCUUUUGCUUAGUGUCUGCCUGAUUUUUGCACUCGUAACCGUCACGGUAUCUUAGAUACAUACAUCAACUGUUUUAAUCUCGUUUUCGGCUCCUUUAUCGUCAUCGUCCUUGGCGCCAACCAUUCCCAUUAUUGCGUAAAGUUUGUGUGCAGCUAUCCGGGGGUAUACGUAUAUGUGCUCUGGUGAAAGUCAGUGAAAGUGAAAAGUUGAUGUUUUCUCAAGUUGUUGGUUUCCUUCUGUAGGAAGAGUGGAUUAAACCUAGGCAUGUGUCUCUGAAAGUUCUUGGUGCUAUCGACGUUCGUUGAGCAACACGUACUGGAAUUGAAAGGCGAACAGAACAACAAAAAGGAUCCUUCGAGGAAGACAUCAAACAGUAAUUAAAAGAUGGAAACUCUCUACACAGGACACAUCCAUGGAUUCGGUCCGCCCGGCAAUGGCUCCGUUGUGAAUGCGUUCGGAGCCCAAUGGGGAGCUCAAGGAAGCCUUAUAGCACUCGGCGUUGUGCUGGGAAGCUCAAUCAGUCUCGUUGGCCUAGCUUUUGCAUUUAUCACCUACAGUCUUUUCUCGGAUUUACGAUCGCUCGCGGGGACAGCAUUGUUGAGUCUGCUGGCAUCACUUUUCAUGGCUCAGUUGCUUUUCGUCAUUGGUGUGGGAGGCGUGCAGGAUUCGGAAUUAUGUCUGUCGUUGUCGCUUGCAUUAUUAUUCAUGAAAUUGGCGUCGUUAUGUUGGCUGUGCUGUUGUUGUCAUCAUGCAUUAACCGUCUUUCGAAAUAGUGUCAAUUUAAUCCCACAGCCUGAACCGAAAAUGGGAAGGAUGCUAGCCCAGUACAGUGCAAUAUCGUGGGGUUUCCCACUGCUCAUGGUCGGGAUUGCAGUCGCGUUCAAGUAUAAGGAAAAGGAAAUUAAAACGAAGCUGCAACUCACAGCGGCGGAAAUAGUUCAGGAACUUCUUAUCAGUAAACACUGUUGGUUAAUGGAAGGCAAAGCGUACAUCUGGGCAUAUAUGAUUCCAGCCAUAAUAUUAUUGUUAUUCGGCUACCAUCUGGCCUUCCAAGCGCGCAACACGGCAAAAGUUUCAGCACAAAUGCAAGUGGACUCGAAAUGCCGCAACAAAUUGAUAAAGCGCCGAAUGCUACAAAGUGGACUAUUCAUUAAGAUAUUAUUUUUAUUCACUUUUGUGAACGUGCUCGGGUCCUUUGCGGCGCUUAUGCGGAUGAAUCAACUCUGGGCAGCAUACAGCAUAGCUCAAGGGCUUCAGGGAUUGAUUACAGCUCUGCUCGUGACUUGCAACUGUAGGGUCCUGAAGCUCUACACUGCCUCAAGAGGACGAAAGGAGCGCCAUGGAAUUUACAAUUGUCUACGCGACGGCGAAGGAGGCCGCUAUGGAGUUUUAACCGUAACGAAUCCAAAUUACGACGAGGACAAUGCACACAUUACUCCUGAAACGGAUCAAACACUAGUCAAAGCUUCAUACCGGGAAGAAUCCUUCGUGGAACGCAAGGAGUCGAAGAAAUGUUGUCCAGCGCCUGUAGCGGGAAUCAGUACGGAUCUAACCAGCUCCCUCCCAGCUACUGAACUGUCGUCGGGUCCACCACCGCAGCCUCUCUAAGGCAGUCGAAUUUCCGCACAUAAUCACCACAAAAAGGAUAAUUAGAGCUUAGAUCUUCAAGUUUGGUUCUACUUGAUGUCGAAUGAAUUUGUAAAUAAUCUUUUCUGAUCAAGCGGCUUUAUUGGACAGCAAUUUCCAAUUUCGAAAGUAUCUGGUAAAAUGCACAACACUCUGAUUAGGACCCUCACCCUGUCCGUCGUUUUGAUAGAGAGUAGUCGGGGCUUGUCGAAAGCUAGCACUUGUCCAACCACCCAUCCACCCUCUCCCUACUUCCCAACUGAAGAACCAUCUGAAAUAACGCAUCUCAAUUAGUGAUAGUGAAAUCUAGACGUAUAUUUGCUGUAAUUACUCAAAGCUGUAAAAAGUCUAUCCUGUAGUGGAAAAAGGAUAAAAAUAUUUUUAAUAUGAAAUCAAAGGGAAUCCAAGCUGGAGUAAAACGCCUACCUACACACAUAGAUCACCUUGGAAGCUAGUCGGAUUAGCUUAGUAAGUGGAACAUAUCUUCAUACAUAUUCUCCUCAAAGUACACAUUUGUUUUCAAGAUUGAUACAACAAGGAUAUUACCUAUAACCAAUGCAAGACAGAUAGAAUCUAGAAAUUGUAACCAUUUUCCGCUUUUGUAAAUUAUUUUUGAAAAUGUUUCCUUUGUUUUGUAAAGAAUCUAACGAAAUAGAGGUCAUUACGGUAGUUAAUAAAAUAAAUGGAAAUUUUAAUAAAA